GUUUUUCUGUGUCCACCUGCUUCUCUGAAGUGAGAGCACCUGUCUGCAUGCGUUGAUACCUUCUAUCACCCUCUCUUGUCACAGAACUUACGCCUUCGCUCAGACUUCCAGAUUCUUACUAGAUUUUUUCUAUAACCGCAGUCAGCGCGAUGAGAAUACCUUCUUCGCUGGCCGUUUUUUUCCCGUUUGUGUUACUCUUCACUUCCGUGCUUGCAGACUCUGGCACUGGAGGCUUAUAUCCUCCUGGUCUACUCCCGCUAAUAAACAGAGCCAAUGCUUUGCUGUCCACUGGACAGUUUAACGAUGCGGCGAAAGUAUAUUCAGAAGCAAUAGAACAAUCUCCCACCGACUAUCUACUAUAUUACAAACGGGCUACGGCUUACUUCUCCCUGUCCCGCCAUAACGCGGCAUUAGACGAUUUCGAGAAAGUCCUCUCACUCACUUCACACACAUUCGACAAUGCGCAUCUUAUGAAAGCUCGUAUCUACGCCAAGGAAGGCGAGUUCGAUUUGGUUCGCUCAUCGUUAGAUGCGUACACGUCCUCUCUCUCAUCCCAAGGUCGAACUAUCGAUUCAACUGCUACGGAACUCCUUCGGUCUAUUGACGAGGCAGAAAAAUUGCUAGCAAAAGCUCGAAAGGAGAAGAAGGCUCAAUUAUGGACUGCAUGUGCAGAUUCUUGCUCUAGCAUCAUUCGCGACACCGCCAGUCAUUCGACCGAGGUUCGAGUCAUGCGAGCGGAAUGCCAGCUUGCUGCAGGAGAUGUCGAGGGAUCCGUUGGUGAUUUGACCCGUCUUGCUGUACUUCUUCCGCCAUCAGCAUCCAUGGAGCUCCAGGUUCGCAUAUGGCGUCUGUCCUACUUCUUAUUGCCUCCUACUCAAGGAGAGGACACAACCAGUGCAGCGGCUUUGGCUCCUCUGAAAUCUUGUUUGCAUUACGAUCCUGAUUCCAGAGUCUGUCUUCCUCUGCAUCGCCUAGCGAAGGCACUGGAAAAAUCAUUUGCCAAGUUGGAAGAAGCUUUGCAGAAAGAGGACUGGCGAGGUGCAGUCAAUCUAUUGACCGAGUCUGGAAAAGGAAAGGAGAAAGAUCUUUGGGGUCGAUACGAACAAGCGAUGAAGGAUCAUACCUCUCGCGAGCAACUCCUCGGGAAAGAUGCAUAUGAGUCGUCUUUAAAAUCCAAAGAGCCCCCGAUCCCUUUGCCUGAUCCUUUCACUCACUCUCCGCGUCGCCAAAUCCUACUUCGUGCACUUUGUAAAUCAUACACUGCCAUCGGUACCGUCACUGCUCUCCGCAACGCUGAUCAAUGGUGCUCUAUGCUUCUCACAAUGGACGGGUGCUCUGAAGACACGGACGCUUUCUUAGGUCGAGCGGAAUAUCUUCUUUCAACAGAAGAUGAUGUCGACACUUCCGGAGCUGGUAGCUCCUCGAGUGGAGAUGGUAAUUGGGAUGAAGCGAUUCGGCUGCUGGAAAAGGCGUUUGAGGCUAGCGGUCGGAGCAACCGAGAUAUUCACUCCAAGUUAAACCAGGCCAAGAAGAAAGUCAAGCAAAGGAGGAGAAAAGAUUAUUACAAGGUACUAGGUGUGGACAGAAAUGCGGAUGACCGGACAAUUAAAAAGGCAUUCCGUAGAGCAGCUAAAUCUGCACACCCAGAUAAAGGAGGCUCGGAAGCCAAGAUGGCUGCUGUAAAUGAAGCUUAUGAAGUGCUUUUAGAUCCUGAACUUCGGGCCCGAUUCGAUGCAGGUGAAGAUCCUAAUGACCCAAGCGGAGGCGGUGGCCACCCAUUCCCCGGAGGGGCCGGCGGAAAUCCUUUCGCUCACUUUUUCCAACAAAGCGGAGGUGGAUUCCCUGGCGGAGGAGCCUAUGGACCUGGACAGGGUGGUUUCAAGUUCCAGUGGAGUAAUUAGGCUGUUGAGCAGGGCGUAUAUGUAUUCGGUAUGAUUUGGACGAUGUAUCUAUAAACCAAUCAUGAUAGGUUCUUUGUUUGUAUUUGAGCGUACUGAUUGCGUUCACAAGAUGAUAUUCAUCUUUGUCCUGAAAGACGUAAGUAUGUACUUAGUUAUACACGACCGAUGUUUCAUCCCGACGCCCGUAAUUCCCUCACAGAAGUGGGUUCAAUAGCUUGUAGUAUAGUGUUUGCAUAAGUCUUUGGGCUUCUAAAUUUUCGCCAUCUGUUCAUGGGGAUCGUCGGGCUCAACGGGCUCUUGCCAAAAUAAUUUUUCGGCAAACAGGCGGCGAGAAUCGAAAAUUUCGAAGUGGUUGAGAAAG